GAGGGACCUGAGUGCUGCGCGCGGCUGGACGGCGGACAAGUGUUGGGAUGGCGACCAGCUGGGAGAGCCUCUUGCAGGAUGAGCAGCAGCUGGAGGAGCUGGCACGACAGGCUGUGGACCGGGCCCUGGCUGAAGGAGUGUUACUGAGAACCUCACAGGAGCCCAGCUCCUCGGAUGUGGUGAGCUAUGCUCCAUUCACGCUCUUCCCCUCAGUGGUCCCUGGUGCCCUGAUGGAGCAAGCCUAUGCUGUGCAGAUGGACUUCAACCUGCUAGUGGAUGCUGUCAGCCAGAAUGCUGCCUUCCUGCAGCAAACGCUCUCCAGCACCAUCAAAAGGGAUGACUUUACUGCACGUCUCUUUGAUAUCCACAAGCAAGUCCUGAAAGAGGGCAUUGCCCAGACUGUGUUCCUGGGCCUGAACCGCUCAGACUACAUGUUCCAGCGCAGCGCAAAUGGCUGUCCAGCCCUGAAACAGAUUGAAAUCAACACCAUCUCUGCCAGCUUCGGGGGCCUAGCCUCCCGGACCCCAGCUGUGCAUCGACAUGUUCUCAAUGUCCUGAACAAGACCAAAGAAGCUGCCAAGAUCCUCUCCAAUAAUCCCAGCAAAGGAUUAGCCAUGGGAAUUGCCAAAGCCUGGGAGCUCUACGGCUCAGCCAAUGCUUUAGUGCUACUGAUUGCCCAAGAGAAGGAAAGGAAUAUAUUUGACCAGCGUGCCAUAGAGAAUGAGCUACUGGCCAGGAACAUCCACAUGAUCCGGCGAAGGUUUGAAGAUGUCUCUGCAAAGGGGUCUCUGGACCAAGAUCGAAGGCUGUUUCUGGAGGGCCAGGAAGUUGCUGUGGUUUACUUCCGGGAUGGCUACAUGCCGAGUCAGUACAGUGUACAGAACUGGGAAGCACGCCUGCUGCUGGAGAGGUCACGUGCUGUCAAGUGCCCAGACAUUGCCACUCAGCUGGCUGGGACUAAGAAGGUACAGCAGGAGCUGAGCAGGGUGGGCAUGCUCGAGAUGUUGCUCCCUGACCAGCCCGAGGCGGUGGCCCGCCUCCGUGCCACCUUUGCUGGCCUCUACUCCCUGGACAUGGGUGAAGAAGGGGACCGAGCCAUCACUGAGGCCCUUGCUGCCCCUAGCCGGUUUGUGCUAAAGCCCCAGAGAGAGGGUGGAGGUAACAACUUGUACGGGGAAAAAAUGGUGCAGGCCCUGGAGCAGCUGAAGGACAGUGAGGAGAGAGCAUCCUACAUCCUCAUGGAGAAGAUUGAACCUGAGCCUUUUUGGAAUUGCUUGCUACGGCCUGGCAGCCCUGCCCAAGUGGUCCAGUGCGUCUCAGAGCUGGGCAUCUUUGGGGUCUAUGUCAGGCAGGGAAAGACACUAGUGAUGAAUAAGCACGUGGGGCAUCUACUUCGAACCAAAGCCAUCGAGCAUGCAGAUGGUGGUGUGGCAGCAGGAGUGGCAGUCCUGGACAACCCAUACACUGUGUGAGGAGGGUACAACCAGGCCAGCUCGGACUUCGCUCAGGGGCCUCCUAUUCCCUGUACUUGGCAUUCCUCUCCUAUCCCUCUUGAGGGGCUGUCCUCAUAGAAGGGUAAAUGCUGAUACCUUCUCUCAGCUCUCCAUGUGAGUACCAGAAAAGCUAUAUUUCCCUUAGAUGAGAUCUUGAGGCCCCCAGAUCUUUGGGAUGUGGGUACAGCUGAAGGGAAGCUGCUCUGAGGUAAAGGGUCAUAAACCCUACCCGCUCUUAUCAGCCUCUCAUCAGCCUUUCCAAUGAGUUCCAUUGCCUGACUUGGGAUAGAACCGAGUGGUAGGAGAGGAAGUGGAGGGGCAUAGCCUUUCUCUACCUCUGCCUUAAAUAAAACUGCAUUGCUGAUU